UUCGGGCCAGACGUUUUUAUUUUUUAUUUAUGCGGUAUGGCCCGCAAGACUAUAGCCAGAGCUGACACACCCCCUCCCUUCACAAAGCUAAGCAUGGCUGCUGCUGCAAGUGGUCUAUUUGAGAGCUGUGAUCUACAGCUUUGGAGGGCCUCCUACAACUGCUACCACUCCAUCAUCGAAGAGAUAUCUGCACAGAAGGAGAAAAAGAGCUCAAAGCCAAAGAAACACACUCUGCUUGAACUGGACACAUGGUAUCAAGAUGAGCUCCCUGAUGUGGUGUCCUCCAGGGAGGAGCCUCACUUGAAACACGAAGAGCUUUGCAAACUGAUGGCUUGGAAACUCACGCGUGGCAAGUUUCGGCCUCGUUUAACAGAAUUGAUCAGAGAGAACAGUCCGGAGAGUGUGGAGAGGGUGACCAGGAAGGGGUUUUCCCUACUCCCCAAUUUGAAGGGAGCGGUGGAGACCCUGUGUCAGCUGAGGGGAGUGGGACCAGCCACUGCUUCAGCCCUGUUGUGUGCUGCUGCCCCAGACAAUGCUCCCUUUAUGGCGGACGAGGCUGUGAUGGCUGUACCAGGACUGGGCAAACUCGACUACACACUCAAACACUAUCUCUCCUACACCGAGGCAGUGGGAGAUAAAGCCAAAGAACUCAACACAAUAUGUGCUACAGUGUCCCCUAAUGGUGCUACAGUGUCCCCUAAUGGCCCAGACAAGACCCACUGGACAGCCCAUGAUGUGGAACUGGCUUUGUGGGCGCAUCACUUGGCACAGAAACUAAAGCCUGAAAUCCUCGAUUUAACUAUUAGCUCAUGUAGAAAGAGAAUAAGUAGUUGUGAACAUCUUUCUGUCAAUAAGAAGUCUAAACCAAACUCCUAAAAUUAUUUGUCAUAAUUGUAUAUAUCUUCACUAUUAAAAUCUUCACUAUUA